CCAUAGAAAUCAAUACUGUCCAUUGUUUGUUCUUUCUUCAUCUCUAAACAUGAGCGACGCCAAAUAUGGUUAUGCUUACCCUCCUCCUCAAGGGACCUAUCAAGGACCUCCAGUGAUGGCACCUCCACAGUAUUAUGCACCUCCCCCGCCACCCAAGAGAGAACCUGGUUUCCUUGAGGGAUGCCUUGCAGCUUUGUGUUGCUGUUGGCUCUUUGAUGAGUGCUGCUGCGACCCAACAAUUAUAUGUGUGGACUAAAUCACCUUAGCCACUAAAUUAUGUUUGUGGUUUAAAGUCAUGAUGCCAUAUAUGAAAACCGUACCUGUAUGUUUUUUCUUUGCUUCGUUUUCACGACUUUAGAGAUGAAUGACAUCAAUGCCAAUGACUGUAUUUUCUACUCUGUCAUAGUGUUAAUUUUCACAAUAACCCUUUUUCAAUUCA